GGUCAGGUGACCAGACGCCCGCUAGCAAGCUAGCUGUGAUAAAGCAGCAGACUGUCCGUAACAUCCACAAACAUGAUCCUGUUAUUGACGCCUCACCCUCCGGAUAGUGUUUGGUGAAUCCUCGCAGCUUCCUCAAACAAUCACCACUAAGCUCUUACGUUGACACCAAAGCCAGCUUCUCUUCUCUUCGUUUUCUGGAAAGUUCCUCUCACUAAAAGGCCAGUUUCCAGUUGCCGUGCCAGAAUUGGACGCGGGGAGAAAGCCACAGUUUCAAAACUGAACUGGAUUCAAUGAGGGAGCCCGAACGGGAGGAGCAGCUCAACGCCGACAUGCCCCCCAAGUUUAAAAGACACCUCAACGACGACGAGGUCACGGGAUCCAUUCGCAGUGAGAGGAGGAACCUAUUGGAAGAAGACUCUGAUGAAGAGGAAGACUUUUUCCUGCGGGGACCGACAGGACCCAGAUUUGGACCCCAGAAUGACAAACUCAAACAGGUGCAGUCACAGGUGGACGAGGUGAUCGACGUGAUGCAGGAGAAUAUCUCCAAGGUGAUAGAGAGGGGCGAGCGUCUUGACGACCUGCAGGACAAGUCAGAAAGCCUAUCAGACAACGCAUCGGCUUUCAGCAGUCGAGCCAAACAGCUGCACAGGAGGAUGUGGUGGAGGGACAUGAAGAUGAAGAUGAUCAUCGCUCUGGUAGUGUUGGGUCUUCUGCUCAUUAUCAUCAUUCCAGUGAUUCUACGGUAUCGCUAGUCUCUUGAGGAGGAGGAUGACGGACGAUACUUUUCCUCUUCAUCUGUGGGCUCUCUGUGCAUGGUCCUCCACUCCAGCUCGGAUCGUGCCAACCAGCCAGUCUCCACCCCACAUUGCAAUAGAAUAAUGAUUACUUUUCAUAGCAGCACAACACAAUGUGCUAGCUAACAACAAAGAAGAGGAAGGUCACACAAAAGUGAGCUGUCGCUUUCCACCCUCAUCAGACUCCAGUGUGUGCACCUUUUAGGUACGCUACUACUGCCUAGCAGGAGAGUACCGACAAUAGAAAAAAAAAUGUAGUUAAAGCUUGAAUCCUUAUCUGCGACAGCCAUCUUGUGCUAUUUUCAACAAGCCUGCACAUGCACCUCAGACGUCUGCCCAUGAUUCCACCACGUGCAUGCUCACUCUUUCUCAAGGGGAUGCAGGGUGAGCACGUGCAUGUUCCGCUGCACAAAAGCGAUGCAGCGUCUGAGAUGCAUCUUCUCCCUCUGAUACCAAACGUCCGCCAUCGUCCUCCAUAGCUGGUUAUCAGGGCCGCAUCAAAACCAAAACCUCCAGGUUAUGAAUGUUUCUGGGCCGGCUUGGUCACCCCUUGUCCCACUUGCUGCAGACGGUUGAGUUUGGUCCAGUACUGCUUCUAGUUUUGUCUCUUAUUUCUGCUGUGAUGUAUGAAAGGUGAGGGGCACGUCACCUUCUCACCUUUGCAUUCCACAGGUCAUACUGCGAGGAAUUUUCCAUUUCAAGCUGUGAAUAACUCCACAUUGUCAUGUUAUUGUUCUUAAUUUAUUUGAACCUGUAAAUAUUGAUUCUGUAAGACGACACAAUACUUUGGCAUUCCAACCCUUACUUUUUUUUGUCUCCCCCCUUUUCCUGAAAUAAAGUGCUUUUAAAGGUC